AUGAACUGUAAUGCUAAAUGCUAUUCUCACCAGAAGAAGAAAGAGCUUUUCUCUCCAAAACCUCAUAAGCUCACACACACAACGGGUUUUGGAGUGAUGGGGUCGCUUGUUCGUGAAUGGGUCGGGUUUCAGCAAUUCCCAGCGGCAACGCAGGAGAAGUUAGUUGAAUUCUUCGGGAAACUGAAGCAAAAGGAUAUGAACUCUUUGACAGUUCUUGUCCUGGGCAAAGGCGGUGUCGGAAAAUCAUCCACCGUCAAUUCUCUUAUCGGCGAACAAGUCGUCCGUGUCAGUCCUUUCCAGGCAGAAGGGUUGAGACCAGUGAUGGUGUCAAGAACAAUGGGAGGAUUCACUAUAAACAUAAUCGACACCCCUGGGCUUGUGGAAGCUGGAUAUGUCAAUCACCAAGCUCUCGACUUAAUCAAAGGGUUUCUUGUGAACAAAACCAUAGAUGUGUUGCUCUAUGUUGACCGUUUGGAUGUGUAUAGAGUUGAUGAGCUGGAUAAGCAAGUUGUUUUAGCAAUCACCCAAACCUUUGGCAAAGAGAUAUGGUGCAAAACGUUGCUUGUUCUCACUCACGCUCAAUUCUCCCCUCCUGAUGAACUUUCCUACGAAACUUUCUCCUCCAAGAGAUCAGACUCUCUCCUCAAAAACAUCCGCGCUGGUUCUAAGAUGCGCAAAACUGAGUUUGAGGAUUCUGCAAUCGGGGUUGUAUAUGCUGAGAACAGUGGAAGAUGCAGCAAGAACGAAAUGGAAGAGAAGGCUCUACCGAAUGGUGAAGCGUGGAUACCGAACUUGGUAAAGGCAAUAACCGAUGUAGCAACAAAUCAGAGGAAAGCGAUUCAUGUAGACAAGAAGAUGGUAGAUGGAUCUUACUCCGAUGAUAAAGGAAAGAAACUCAUCCCUCUUAUCAUCGCCGCUCAGUACUUCGUCGUUAAGAUGAUUCAAGGAGCCAUCAGAAAUGACAUCAAGUCAAGUGGAAAGCCACUUUAA